CUUCAAAUUCAUAAGCCAUGAAAGCUUUAUCACUAUCAACCUCAUCGACUCCAACAAUGCUCAUAUAAACAUUUUUAUCCAUAAUUACCAAUACGCCCCCACAAAAUGAGGUAUUUACGAUUCAUUUCACACAUUCACAAAUCUCUCCGCCAAAACCCUAGCCCCAAUUUCCACACAACUCAAAACCCUAAUCCUAACCUCUUAGCCCUAAUCCAAUCCAAGCUCCCAUCUUUCUCAACCUCUUCUGCUCAGGAAUCGAAGCCACCAGCUCCAUCAGAGCAAGUCUCGGCGAUCGUCGAUGAGCUCUCGGGUCUCACUCUUCUCGAGGUCUCGGACCUCGUCGAAGUUCUUCGCGAUAAAUUGGGGAUCACUGAGAUGCCGACGAUGAUGGUGAUGAUGCCAGGGAUGGUCCCUGGAGGACUGAAGGGGAAGGGCGGUGGUGCGGCGAAGAAGGUGGAGGAGAAAGCGGAGAAGACUGUAUUCGAUGUGAAGCUCGAAGGGUUCGAUGCGGCGGCGAAGAUCAAGGUAAUCAAGGAAGUGAGGACUUUUACCGAUUUGGGGUUGAAGGAAGCUAAGGAUUUGGUGGAGAAGUCGCCUACGCUUUUGAAGAAAGGCGUGACUAAGGAGGAGGCCGAGUCGAUUAUUGCUAAGAUGAAGGAGGUUGGCGCUAAAGUUUCGAUGGAAUGAGACUUGCUGGGGUAAUGAGAAUCAAAACAAGAAGUGGGAGGCUUUAUGAUAUGGAAUGUCAACAUCAAGGGAUUCUGAUAUUGAUGUAUCUCACUUGAAUUACUACUGGCAAGUCAUAGAGAUUAGUUUUAGGUUUUUUCAUAGUGCAGUCAUUUUUUGUAAUAACUGCUUUCCUUAUUUUCUCUCACUUGCAAAAAAUGCAUCCAAGCAAGUUAUGUUCGGUUGUCUGUACCUUGCUUCUUUUUUGGGUAUUUUUGUUUUAUUUUUUAUUUUUAGAUUCUUAACACCUAUUGUGAAACUGGUUUUUGAGGGUUCAUUUCAUGGA